AUGCUCUCGCGUGUGUCUCGAGUGGCGCUUCGCGGCGCAGUUGUUCGUCGUACGUGUGUAAACAACAUACGUCUAGGUCAAGUGUCUUUUUUCUCAGUCGAUGACACUCCCAACGUGCCUACAAGUGCUGAGGAAGAGCUGGCACUUACGCCCAAAGUACAAACUGUAUUGGACCAGAUCCUUGAGCUCAAUAUGAUUGAAAUUGCGGAGCUAUCACAUGCUAUUCAGACCAAGUUUGGUAUUGCUGAGUCUGCUUUCCAGGUUGGCAUGGGCGGCGGUGCUGGUGGUAAUGCAUCUCCUGCUGCUGAAGAACCUAAAGAGGAAAAGACUGCGUUUGACGUGAAACUAGCGAGCUUUGAUGCUAAGAGCAAGAUUAAGGUUAUCAAGGAGGUACGAGCCAUCACUGGUUUGGGCCUGAAGGAGGCCAAGGAACUUGUGGAAGGCUCCCCUAGUACAUUAAAGAAGGACGUAAAGAAGGAGGAAGCUGAUGAACUUAUUGAGAAGCUCAAGGCAGUAGGCGCGGUCGUGGAAUUGGAAUAG